AUGGCGCGGCGGUGCCGACACCGGGAGCUGGUCCCGCUGGCGGCGCUCAUCAGCAAGGAGCUGAAGGGCGAAAAGAUCGAGAGGCCCUGCGUUAGGUUUGGAUCCGCUGCUCAGUCUAGAAAAGGGGAGGACUAUUUCCUCGUGAAGACGGACUGCCAGCGAGUUCAUGGAAACCCUAAUUCCACCUUCUCCGUUUUCGCGGUCUUUGACGGACACAAUGGAAAUGCUGCAGCUAUAUUUACUCGGGAAAAUUUGUUAAGCCAUGUAUUGGGUGCCAUACCUCGCGGAAUUAGCAGAGAUGAAUGGCUUCAAGCCCUUCCUCGUGCCUUAGUUGCUGGUUUUGUGAAGACUGACAAAGAAUUCCAGAGCAGAGGAGAAACUUCUGGUACCACAGCGACAUUUGUGAUAGUUGAUGGAUGGACUAUCACUGUUGCCUCUGUUGGCGACUCUCGUUGCAUUCUUGAUUCUCAGGGUGGAGUUGUUUCACUCUUGACCGUUGAUCAUAGGCUAGAAGAGAAUGCUGAGGAGAGAGAACGUGUGAAAGCUAGCGGAGGUGAGGUGGGGAGACUUAGUAUUGUAGGUGGUGCUGAGAUUGGCCCCCUUCGUUGUUGGCCUGGGGGCCUAUGCUUGUCAAGGUCAAUUGGAGAUAUGGAUGUUGGGGAAUUUAUAGUUCCAGUACCUUAUGUCAAGCAAGUGAAGCUAUCCAGUGCUGGCGGAAGGCUAAUAAUUGCUUCAGAUGGUAUCUGGGAUGCCUUACCCUCUGAGAUGGCUGCAAAGUCUUGCCGGGGUUUACCUGCAGAGCUUGCAGCUGUUCAAGUUGUAAAGGAAGCAUUGAGGACAAGGGGACUGAAAGAUGAUACAACUUGCAUUGUUGUUGAUGUAAUCCCACCUGAUAAUUUGGUGGUCACGCCUCCAUCGUCACCAAAAAAGAUGAGCAAAUUUAAGUCAUUCUUCAGGAGACGAUCAAGAGAUUCUGCAAGUAAACUGACAAAGAAACUCUCUUCUGUGGGUAUAGUCGAAGAGAUAUUUGAAGAAGGUUCUGCAAUGCUUUCAGAAAGGUUAGGAAACGAGUCAUCGUCAUCUGUGCAUACGUCAGCCGGUCUAUUUAUGUGUGCAAUAUGCCAAAUGGACCUCGCCCCAAGUGAAGGCAUAUCAGUUCACGCAGGCUCUAUUUUCUCUACAAGCUCCAAACCAUGGGAGGGUCCUUUCCUCUGUGCAUCUUGCCGUAACAAAAAGGACGCCAUGGAAGGCAAACGCCCGAGUGGUUUUAAAGGGCUAUAGCAAUCUUCUCUCUCCUCCCCUUUGAUUUUUUUUCCCGUCGACCGUCUGUCUAAUCUCCUCUAUUCUUAGUUCUUAGCUUUUCUGAUUAAAUUUCAUAUUUAUAGCCAUUUUUUUGGGCUGCCUGAUUAUUUGAUUCCUGGAAAGAUGAGGGUUCCUGUAUGUAAUAUGCACGUUAAACUAGUGGCGAUUGAUAGUUUAUGAUAUUUGAAAUUGAUUCUUUUUUAUGUAUUGGAUCGGUGUACUUGUUGUCAA